UGGGGUUUGCAAGCUAAGGGGCGAGUUCCUGAGCGGUUUCUGGUCUGAUUCCUAGGGGCGCUGCGUCCUGUCAGCCUUGUCCCUAGCCACAGACCCCGCCCCGAAACAGGCGAAAAGCUGGGGUUAACAGCCUCUCGCUAGGGUCGGCCCUCAGCAAGACGGGAUGGAAGAAGCAGUCACAUGGAGAGCCUGAAACAACGAAGGCCCUAACAUGGCGGGCAAUUAGCAAUCUACUUCCGGAGUUUAAAGCCAACUUCCGGAAGCCGAGAGGGUGUUUCCAUGACAACCGACGUGGGUUCUUUGAGGUCCUUGCAUUACAGCCAGGGAAACAGCUCUAAUUUGGAAAAACUAAACAUCUCUCCAGGAGUUCUGGGCAGACAGAGAACCAGAACUGUGCAAUGUACCCUUGGAAGUGCCACAGAUCAGACAGAAGAUGCUCCAGACCAGUAACUACAGCCUUGUGCUCUCCCUGCAGUUCCUGUUGCUGUCCUAUGACCUGUUCGUCAACUCCUUCUCAGAGCUACUCCAAAUGGCUCCUGUUAUCCAGCUUGUGCUGUUCAUCAUCCAGGAUAUUGCAAUCCUCUUCAACAUCAUCAUAAUUUUCCUCAUGUUCUUCAACACCUUCGUCUUCCAGGCUGGCCUGGUCAACCUCCUAUUCCAUAAGUUCAAAGGGACCAUCAUUCUGACAUCUGUGUACCUCGCCCUCAGCAUCUCCCUACACGUCUGGGUCAUGAAUGUGAGAUGGAAAAACUCCAGCAGCUUCAGAUGGACAAAUGGCCUGCAAACACUGUUUGUAUUCCAGAGACUAGCCGCAGUGCUCUACUGCUAUUUCUACAAAAGGACAGCUGUGAGACUGGGUGACCCCCGCUUUUACCAGGACUCACUGUGGCUGCGCAAGGAGUUCAUGCAAGUCCGACGGUGACCACAUCAUGUCACGUGGAUGAGUACCUUUCCUUCCUGGUAGAAGGUGCCUGGGCUGCUCUCCAUGGAGGAGCAGCCAUUGGCACCAGGACACAGGUGAACUUCCUAGGACACAUUUAUGCUAGCUGUGCUCAGCAUUCAAGAAGGAAGACUCACCAGGCAUGGUUGGAAACAAAGGCAGGAGGAUUGCUGUGGUUUGAGGCCACCCUAGGCCUACCAAGUGAGUUCUAGGUUAACCUAUAGAGGGAGACCCUAUCUCAAAAAAAAAAAAAAAGGAAGACCUUCCCUGUUGCAAAUUAAAGUGUUUCCCCCACCGCAGACUGUAGUACGAAGUGCAGUCUUGCCGCAGCCUCCUCCUCAUCCACCCACUUCCUCUCUUCCUACUCUGUACCACUCACUCUCUUUCCCUUCUCCUUCCUGAGGAUCUGCUGCUCUGGAGCUCCCACUUUUUAAAGCUUAUGGUUCAGCCUUUUAAGUAGCAACAGUCAGCCCCAGCCUUGUUCUGCUGACCUCAUCCUUGAGUCACUGGAGGAUGAAGAUAGUGACGGCCAUGUCUUCCUGACUGACCACACCUUAGUUGUUUAGAUUUUAUAUCCAACGUACUUUUUUACAGUUCUAAAAGGAAAUAAAUUGAAUUCUUUUUUUUUAAAUAAACGGUAGAGUCUG